AACAUAAUUGUCGACAUGCUUCUUGUUACCUUUUUUUCACGAGACCUAAAUGAUUUUUGAUGGGCUUCAUGUCAGGAAUAUUUCCUCGCAUUGAUAAGAUUUUAUUUCUAUUUUUUUCUACAAUUUGUUUGCGCUCAUCGAAUAAGAAAACACUGACUAAAGGGUACAUUCCUUUUAAGAGAACACCAGACAAUCGAAAACCGGUUUAAAUCGUUUCGAACUUUUUCUUUGGUAUCAAACUCAGUUUACGAAUACCUAUCCGUAACUGCACCAAGGAGAACGUUUUUGAAUAACGAUGAUCGCUUCUUUACUUUUUUUCAGACAGUUAUAUCCGUACUGGUUUAGUUUAGAAUCAUGCAGUGUGAUUACACAUUUUUCACAAACCGAUAAGUCGAUGAAAUAAAUAAGAUAACAAUUUUUUCCUUGUUUUUUUACAAAGAUAAUUAACCCAAUUAAAAUUAUGCGUAAAUGUAAUUUAUGGUGACAUAAUUUAUUUCAAUACGUAAAAAAGCAUUAAGACAAUUUGUAAUUAGUUGAUAAUCCGAGCUGUCAGUAUAUGAUAUUCCUUUUUCCUUAAUGUAUAUCUCAAAGUGUAAGUGAAGGACAUUGGAAAAUAGGUAUCUUAUAAAUUGAUUUUUUUUCAAUAAUUUGACCUAAGUACCUUAAUGGACGAACUAGUCAUUUUGCAGAUAAAAAGAUUUCCUACGAGGCAUGUCUGCUUACAUAAUUCUUAAUUGAUACUUCUUCAUGUCAUGUGUAACGCACAAGGAGAUUGACGCUUCAUGUAAAAGAUCAGUUCCCUAGAUGACCGUUACUGUGUAGCUGAACAUAUUAUAUUAUGGUUUACAUAACAUACUUGUUAAAGAACAAUUUAUCUGCUGUAGCUUUAAGUCUUAUAUUUGUGAUAAGCGUUCAUAGGCAACUUCCUCUUCCCUAUUGUUACAUAUAUGUCUGUACAUUUUAAACAUGAAAGUGCAACCUUUAGCAAAUACAAUGUUUACAUGUAUGACUUUCAUCAACAUAUUCAAUUUGUAGCUCACCUGGUCCAUAGGAACGAUGAGCUUAUUCCGUAGCACGGCGUCCGUAAUCAGUCCGUCCGUCCGUCCGUCAAUUUUAGUACCGAACGACUGAGUUGAUUUUUACUAACAUUGGCCUGCAGUAUCAUCGGCCAAAGGAUAUUUAAUUUUGUAUAAACUGAGGGUAUGCCCCCUUUUGGACAGAAGGACUGGGCCCUAAGGGGGAGAUUUGGGAACAUCUAUAAAAUUAUUGUAAAUUUAAUAUAUGUCAUCCUUUGACAAAGGGAACUCACUUUGGUAUAAAUGAAGUGGUGGGGCCCAAUAGAGAAAGUAUAAUGACCAUAAUGAUACAUAUUUUUUAACCAAAUUGGGUCUAAAAAAGGCAAAGGGGCCUCAAUUUUGCGGGCCGUUUUAACCAAUUUUUUUCUAGAGCUAUCCUUGAGUUGAGAGGAUUUCAUUUUGUGUAAUUCGAGGGUAUGAAGUAAAAUCUUAAAAUCCCUUUUUCAUACAGAAGAAGGGAUACACACUAGAUUGCAUUAAGAGUAUCCUUAGCCCAUUAGGAUUCAAUCUUGUUUUCACUAUGUAUUUCAACAGAUCAUCGAAUUCAUAGAACGGUUGUAAAUAUGAAGUACAUGUGUGUAUGCUGUAUUGAUAAUUCCAUUUUGUGCAAAGUUCACAUAAAAAAAUGGUAAUAUUUAUCAUCGCACAAUUUACACGUCAAUUGGGUUGUGUAGAAAAACUGACUAGCCGUUAUACUUUACCUUUGUUUCCGAAGAUACUAAUGUGGUUUAACAUUGACUCCUUUAUCUUUAACAAAUAAAAAUGUUUUUAUAUGAUCCACAAUAAAAUGAAAAUAUUACCACUACUAUACUUUAUUGCAAGUAUCACUUAAUCUGCUUUUAUAAAUAAACUUAAAUAUGACAUUGGAAUACAGUUUUGUUUAUUGUUCAUGCAGGGAUCAUCAGUACAUCUUAUUAUGUACAACAUGACACAUAUCCCUGCCCCAAAUGCAGCAAUAGUGUUUGGCGACGGACAGCAAAUGGAAGAUGUUUAUUUAACUUGUAACAUCUUAAAGAAUCCAAAAGUCUUUACUGUCCGUUUAGAUUCCCAACUUGGGAGUACACAAAAGACCUUAAGUGCAAUGGAAAGCAUUACACUGAAAAUGAACCUAACUAAUAGCAAUAAUACUGCAGCUGCGACUGUCGAAAUCGGUCAAACGUAUACAUUGCACGUUUCUGGUGCGGGUACUCAUUUCUUGCUGAUCAAGUCAUGUGAAGCAGCCGGAACACGGAGUAUGUAUCAAGCAGUAAAGAUAUACGAUGCGGCGACAGCUGGUCAUUCAAUUGGCAUUUUGGCCAAUAUAACGAAUGAUACCAAAAAUGCCGUAGACACACAUCCGAUAAUGGCAUCAUUAACUGGAUUCCGACUUGUGACAUCAAACAUCGUUUUCCUGUCCUGUCAGAUUGAAGUUUGUGCAUCUCCAUGCUCGACUUCCCGUAAACGGAAGAGGAUCAAAUCACAGUUAAAAACCGCCAGCAUUAAGUUUGAGGUCAAAGACAAAUUGUUUGAACGUUCAGCAAACGGAGCAAAAGGCCUGUUUACCACUGGGAAGCAGAUAGUGACAAUCGCCAUGGUCGUCGUCACAACGUAUUUGUUCCAUUGAGGACCGUUCGUGCUUCUAUUCAAAUAUAUCUUCAAUGACAUUGCAUGACCAUUUUAUGAACACCUCAUAAUAUCAGUGGCCGUCUGCGACGUCUAUCAUUUGUCACGUAAUUUUGGUAAUGACGUCAUCUUACUCUUAUAUGUGUCGUGUUUGACUCUCUAUUUGAAAUAAGUAAGUUACAAAUCAGCAGCUCGCUCAUGUGACCGUGAACAUUUGGACUGAUCUUUCUUCAGUAUCGUUUCCAAAAUUUAUAUUUAUCGAAAUGUACGUGAAACCACGAUACAAGAUGCGAAUCCUUUGUAUGUGUUAAUGUACAAACUAAAUAAAAUGCAUUAAUUUUCAUAACGUCUUCCGUACUUAAGGUCCUGCAUAAAAUCCGACAUAAAACAAUUGAACAGGUUUAUUAAGGUCUGCUUACAUUUUUACAAGGAUACUGUAGACAGAGCAACGAUAUGUUUAAAUGUAUCAAACAUAUAGGGUUAAAAUUGCUUAAAAUAAAGAACCUAAAUUCCUUUUUCAAUCUGUUGUCUUUUCAAAACAGAAACGUUCAUGAUGGUUAUUCAAGUGUAACUAUAAUUUGUCUAAUAAUCACCAUAAUUAUUGACGUAUUUAAUAAAACAGGAAAUAGAUACUCAUAACUUACUUUUGCCAUAUUAAUGUUAUCACAUGGUUUGUAUACAGUAUACAAAACUGACAGUCAUAUAAUGAUUAACUGCAAUAUUUAUAACGGUCAAUUCAAUUUUGUUAUCCAGAAUGCCACGUCCUUUGACCAAGUUGGUUGAAAUUCUGGUGUUGUUUAAACAGCCCAGUCAAUUCAUUAUCAAUUACGUUUUUCUACAACUCGUUCUUUUUACAGAUCAUUUCUAAUGAUUGAAAAUAUUCCAUAUCGCCAUAGUACAGUUUCUGAAUUGGAAUGCCCUCAGUUAAGGCGUAGUACUUUUUCUUAAUACAUGUAAAAUAAAUUAAUAGGACAUAAUUUUAAUAAAAUUAUAAAAAAAAUAUAUCGAAGUUGCACGAUAGUUUUGGCGUUUUUCUUUAUUCAAUUUUUGCAAUAAUUUAAAUGGGUUUGCUAAGUGCCCGUCAAUCAAUAUGCAGUUAUUUUCGAUAUUUUCACUAUUUUCAUAACUGGCUAGAAUGUUGCAAAAUCAUUGGAACAUGAAUCGACAAGAUGUCGUUUGGCUAAGCUAAUUUGCUUUCUUGUGUGAAGGGGAAAACGAUCUUG